CUCAUUGUGAAGGUCGAAAGUUGCCUGUAUAAAGCAAUCUCCGUGUGUGUAUAUACGCGUACUUAGACAACUCUUAGAUUAAUUGCUUCGUAUCAAAUAUGGCGCAAAUGAUGAUACCUAGAAUUGCACUUUUAUCUAUUAAGAAUAGUAAUCGGCUAAUACCUCGAAUAUUUGUGCCGCUAAAAUAUCAACGAUUAUGUUUCCAUACAAGUUGGGUUCUCGAUGUCACAGGAAGGGAAGUCUUAAUGCCUUCCCUGUCACCUACUAUGGAAAGUGGUACUAUUGUCAAAUGGCUCAAAAAGGAAGGUGACAAAAUUGAACCAGGGGAUGCGCUCGCUGAUAUUCAAACUGAUAAGGCAGUCGUUACUAUGGAAGUUGACGAUGAGAGUGUUCUUGCAAAAAUAAUUGUGCAAGAAGGAACCAAAGAUAUCAAAGUAGGAACAUUAAUAGCACUUACAGUUGAUGUAGACGAAGAUUGGAAAUCCGUGGAAAUGCCAGAUAGUAUUUCAACUGCACCUGCAGCUCCAUCACCAACACCUUCUGCGCCAGCAGCAGCAACAGCAACACCUACUGCGCCAGCAGCAGCAACAGCAACACCUACUGCAAGCACAUCAGCUCCACCACCUCCUGGCCAAACAAAUGUCAGUAUGCCAGCACUAUCGCCAACUAUGACUACAGGUACAAUUGUAAAGUGGCUUAAAAAGGAAGGAGAUGAGAUAGAACCAGGAGAUGCACUGGCAGAGAUUCAAACAGACAAAGCUGUUAUGACUUUUGAAAUCGAGGAUGAAGGCGUAUUUGCAAAAAUCCUUGUUCCUGAAGGAAGUCAAGUGGCAGUAGGACAAUUAAUUGCCAUUAUGGUAGAAAAGGGAAUGGAUUGGAAAAAUGUUGUUAUCCCGACAACUACAAAACCAUCUGCAGAAGCUGCUCCAGCUUCAGCGACUGCAGAUAAAACACCUGUACCAAGUGGACAAGUUUAUGGUUUAGCUGUAAAGCGAUUGUUGGAGGAAUAUGGAUUAAGUGCACAAUCGGUCAAAGGUACUGGACGAACUAAUCGAUUACUAAAAAGUGAUGUUUUAGCGUAUAUUCAAGCAAAUAAUUUAAAAAAAGUUGCACCAAAAACAGCAGCUGCACCUAAACUUGAAAAAGGCAGAAAAGAACCAGGUGAUGUACCUUCGAAAGCACAUGUACCUAGUGGCCGUCCUUCCACGUAUGAAGAUAUCCCAGUUUCUAAUAUACGUGGUGUUAUUGCUAAGAGACUCGGAGAAUCAAAAAGUAAUAUUCCACAUUCUUAUGCGUUCGUCGAUAUUAAGAUUGAUAAACUAAAUGAAAUACGGAGCGAACUAAAGGCUGACGGUAUUAAACUCUCGAUAAACGAUUUCGUUACGAAAGCAACCGCACACGCACUAAUCGAAUGCCCAUUUAUUAAUACGUUGUAUCAAAACGAUCAAAUAAUUCGUAUGCCAAGGGUGGAUAUUUCUGUCGCUGUUGCUACAGAAACAGGUCUUAUUACACCAAUUAUUUUUGAUACUUCAGCUAAAAGUGUAGCAGAUAUUUCGCAAAAUAUUAAAGAACUAGCCGAGAAAGCUAGAAACGGUCGAUUAAAACCCGAAGAAUUCCAAGGAGGAACAUUCACAAUAUCCAAUUUGGGAAUGUUUGGUAUUAAACAAUUCAGUGCAAUCAUAAAUCCUCCUCAAACAGCAAUACUUGCAGUUGGAAGUGGUCGUGAGGAACUAGAUGUCGCGCUACAAAAAAUAACAAAAAUGUCAACAACUUUAUCGUAUGAUAGGCGUGCAAUUGAUGAAGACCAAGCAGCCGACUUUUUGGCUGUUUUAAAAGCUAUGUUAGAAGAUCCAAGUUUUCUCGUCGCUGGAAAAUUACGAGCGCUAAGAUACGCACAAAACCUUUAAUUAAACAUUAAUUCUGAAGAAUUUAUUGAAAAAAUGGGUGUAUCGAAGAAUUUAGGUUUCGAUGUAAAUUUUAGUUUUAUCUACAACAUGAAUUAGAAAUAUUGAUUUAAAAAUAGAUCUGAAAUAUUUAUAAUUUAAUUUGGGAAGUUGUAAACACAGAGAAUUAUAUCUAAAAUCAUUUACAGUAGAUUCAAGUAAUAGAUCAGUGUCAUCAAUAUUAAAUGUCAUUAUAUCAAAUGAAUUCAUAUAUGAUAAUUUUGUUUAUUAUAUGAAUUCAUUUUUCUACUGCUGUAUUCUACAUUUCUUUCAAAUUUUAUAAUUAAUGAAAACCCGUGUUAAAAAAUCUUAUGCAAUGUAUCUACAAAAGAUAUGUUAUCCCUUUUAUGG